ACGUCCAGUUGUGUUGAAUGAAUGAACGGCCAACACCCGAAUCACGUCCGCACAGCUGCAACAACGGUGGACGCUCUUCCGAUCGUCAAAGAGAGUUUAUUGGGUCGUCGACGUCAACAACAACAACAACAACGUGACGAAGAUGGUGGUCGUCAUCAAAAGAUGAUGGCCAUGUUGACGAUGCGCCAGCAGCCGAAAUGUCAUCGUUUACCUGCAACACCAUCAAACAUUCCAACGAGGCCAGUUCGCAAUAAUUACGUCGAGCGGCUCUGUGUCCAACUGCCUCCGUCCCUGCAACAACAAGAACAACAACAACAACAACAACAAAGAGAGUCGAGUCGCUUCAUACGUGAAGAUGAUGUUCUACGUCUGGUCAUCCACGUUGAAGAGUCGCAACCGGAUGAGGAAGAAGAAGAAGAAGGGAAGGCUUCGUUGAAUAGCGACGAGCAUCAUCAAGCGAAUCGCCGGAAACACAUUGGACGGCGACGUUCCGCUUCCGAGUCAAGCGGAGGAGGCACACGAGAUUCUUUGGCUUCUCAUUUAGUCGGCCGGAUGUCAUCAGACGAAGACGACGUGGCUCACAAAAAGAGAGAAGCCGAUCGAUUGAGUCAUGCCGGCAUCCGCUCAACCAGCCCAAGGUCCAAUGCCGUCAUCAAAGAAUUCCGACGCAGUUCCGAAUUGUUGCGUAACAUUUUACUCAGUCUGUCGGCCUCGUCGGUCAGUAGCAGACGAUCUUCCGAUGGGUCCACCGUUAGUAGUAUUAGCACCGCCGUUGCUCCGUCACACGUCGUCGCACCUCCGCCACAACAGCAGCCGAUGAAUGCCGAAUCGACCUACGUCAGCGCUUUGCAGGCUCACCGGAAGCGACGCUGGGCCGUCCAUCCGCAACCAGAGGCGGCCAACGUUGAACCUACGACGGCCGGAUCGUCUAGUUUGAUGUUGUUAUUUGAAGCCAUCGCCUCGUCGAACUGGACGUGGACGUGGCACGUGCUGGAGAGCGGGUUGGUGACGGACGUCAACGCUCCGCUGAACGACACGAACGGCUACACGGCGCUGCAUUGGUGCGCCGUUCAGACGCCCGUCCCGUGGCCGGCCGUCUUCCUUUUAUUAGAGCACGGAUGCAAAGUGGAGCAACGCGAUAAAGACGGCACUCAGCCCGUCUUCCUCUUGCCCAAUUUGCCCAGGGUUCAGCAACAGCUCGUCAACGACGCCUUGGACUACCUGAUCCGCGGUCAAGAUUCAGCAACUGGUGCCGCAGGCGAACGUCGAAGCGAAGCCGAUGGAGACAACGAGGCCGACGUGGACGAGGAUGGCCGCCGAUGGACGUCGACGUCGUCGACGAUUGGCGCCGCGUCCGUAGGAGGAGUCAACAACAUUUUGCGUCGUUUGCAACAAAGCGCCAUCAUUAACCAGGCGGGUCAUUAUCUUCACCAACAUCACCCUCACCUGCUCGUUAACAAGAAAUCGCAAGAGUCUAACGUUUCGCCAUCUGGCCUCGUGUCGGGUUCGACCGACUAUUGCGAUUCAUUUGAAAUCACUUCCAUUAAGUUGGCUGAAUUAAGUCAUCAAACGGCGUGCACGACGACGGCCAUGAAUAAUGAGCAGCCAGAGGUGGCCGUCAAUGCCAAUCACUCGACGUCUUGGCCGCCAAACGAGCAACAAACGACGACGACGCCCAAAAGGGAAGAAGAAUGGACUCAACGUCUCGUCCGUUCGCUGUCGGUGCUCGUCAAAAUGGCAGCCAAUGCCGAAUGUUUGCCAUUGAUCCUUCCUUCCUUAUCGGAACACGUGGGCGUCUUUGUGCGGGCCCUGCAGGAUACCAGCCACCUCCCUUGCCACUCGAUGAUGUCUGCCUUUCUUCACAAUCUUCUGAAGUCUGCGUUGGAAACGGCCGCCGGUCCGUCGGGAACAAAAGAUUACCCGUCAAUGGAUUCGGCUUUGAGCAAAUUGCUGCAGGUGGGCGUCGAGCUGUUGGCCGGGACGCACAGUGUCCAAUUCACUGCGCUCGUCUUCAUCAACAAAAUAAUUGACGUGUCAAUGGCCGCGUCCGUUGCUCAUCGACGUCAUCGUCUGGCCGACAAGACGAAACGGCCCAAACGGCACAGGAGAAACAACAAUUGGAACGCGACGACCAUCAAAGUGCCAUCGGCCGUCCAUUGGACGGGCAAAAAUGCAAAGACAUUGACGCCUCGUUGUUCGUUUUGGAAAGAAAUGAUUCAACAACAAGAGGCGAACGCUCCGCCUAAUAAACUUGUCCAUUCGAACGGCGUGAAUACCGUCAUUCAUUUGUUGUCGGAAAAAGUCCACGCCGGGACGGUGUUGAGUUUGGUGUUGAACGCCAUCACGUUGCACCGUCGUCUGGUGGUGGGCCAGCAUCAGCACGAGAGCAGCCGAUUCCGGUGCACGCCCAGCCUGCGCAUCCGCCAAUGCAGCCAUCACUGUCUGCAGAUUUUGAGCGCCCGUCUUUUGUUGUACAUGGCCGGCUCGUCUGCUUUGUCCAGGGACCAGCUGAUGGCCGAGGCUCAGCUGCGCAUGAUGGUCGAAGCUUUGGAUUACACGUUGGAUCCUCAACUUCUUUGUCUCGUCAUCCAAACGGUGGCGCUCUUGGCUCUGCAUUUUCCGUACCAGCGGCUGUUGCUCAGUUCCGGCAUCCCGGACGCUCUGGCCCAGCUGGUCCUUCCGUCGGACGAGUGGUACUACACCAACCACACGACGCGUUUCUCUCGGAUCGUCAAACACCACGCGGCCCGGGCUCUGGUCUACCUGGGACUGGCCCGCUGUCUCGGCCCUCGCGUCUCCCUCUUUGAUUUUCAAGGAUCGGCGGGCGAAUGUUGGUCAGAAGGAACGUGUUCUUCUCCGUGCUCCCAACAGCUGGCGUCGAGCAUCAACGAAACAGCCGAAGACAGUUAUGUUAUGCAAAUGUUGACUAGCCCAUCGUCGGUUGUCGCUUAUUCCGCUUCUCCUGCGCUCAAUCGGACGGUGGCCAUCAGUCCGGAAGAGGUGGCCAUGCGGAUGCUCGACUACCACACGGCGGGAGACGAGGACGAAGUUGGCAAAGUGAUGACUUUAAACAGUCUGCCCGUCCUUAUCGAUCCCAUCAUCGUUUUGAGGUUGUUGCAUCACUGGAUCUUGUCACGCAAAAUCGUCCAUCAAAUCCAUCAGCAGCAGCGCCAACCUAAACGGCCGGUGCUCGUCCGUCGUGAACUUUCAUUGCCCGCCGAUGAGCGAAUCAUUUCGCGACUUGAAGCCCAGCUACUACCUCACGUGGACAUUUCGUUUGCGGACGAAGAUGACGGAUCGACUGAAGAGAUUCGACCGGCCGUCUCGAUCAUCCAACAAAAAGAAUCGAAACAAAUCAAUAAAGAAGACGAGAAGGAGGAAAUGAGUGCGAAACAAGAGACGAUCGCGAAGACGGGCCGUUUUAAUCCGACGGAAGCCAUUUUAGCCACGAUGCAAUUAUUGCCUCUUCCCUGUGCCAAAGUCAUGGCUGGCCGUGGCCAGCCUCUCGUCUUCAUGACGCCCGGCGACAUUGCCGCCGGCCAGCAGCAAAAGUCGGAAAACAACUUGGCCGCGUUGGCCAUGCGUCGCAAAUCCAAAUCGCAAAUGGGCCUCAACGACCAGCAAAGAUCUGACUCCAAAUCGCCGGCCGCUACGGCCCUGUCCGUCCGCCCCGAUAGGCCGACCAGCGGUGUGUGCAAUCAGCUGGACGAACUGCGUUCGUUUCAGCGCCAAUUGCAAAAUUUCCCGAGUCUGAGCGAAUUGCGACGGCACCCGUUGGUCCCGUCUCAACCCAACCGGCUGGCCACCACCACUUGCUCUUACUCGAAUAACAGACGCUCGCUAUCGCCGGCCUCGUCCAGUCGCUGGUUCGUGGCAUCCGAGCAACGCCAGGCGGACAAGGAAGACAAUGGUAGGAAAGCAGAGCCAUCUGUUGUCCAACAAGCGUCCAUGUCCCCCGUCAGUCGAUCGACAUCGCCGUCCAGCAGCAACGACGAGUGCCGCUCUGCUGCUGGACGGCAUCAGCACAACACAGAGUCGCACGCGCUGGCCAUUCUCCACAUUCUGCAGGAAUCGAUGGAACAAGGCAUUGUGAAUGUGCGUUCCAGCGAAACGAUAUGCCGCGAGCUGGACGAGAUGCUGGAAUCGAUCAAGACGGCUGCAACGCAUCAUAAUAGUACGGACGGUGGCGCCAGUAACGAGUCGUCGGACAGCGUCGUUGGUCGUCAAGUGGACGACAUCCGAAACCGAUUCAUCUCUCCCUUGCUGGACGGAUACAAGGGAGCCGAUAGUGCCGAGCUUGUUGUCGACGCUGAAUACCAUCAGUUGCAGCGAUUGGUGACGACGGGGGCUCUGCCGUGCAGCAAAGAAGAGGCCGCCUCCCUGGCCGCCAUCCAGCUCCGCUUACAAGAGUGUUUGCCCAGCAUUAAAUUGGCCAGCUCUAAAUUCUCGUCUCAACAGUCGUGCAAUCCGCAACACAAUCAGGAAAGCGCAACAAGACUGGCCGGUACGGUGCCAGAAGCAGCCGGCCAGCUGCUUCAUCCGCCCAAAAGAGAGGACGCUGUUGCUGAAACGGUCCGUUCUUGUGACGACUUGCUGUUCCAUUCGGUCACUGAUUUAGCCAAUAGGGGCCGUUUCGGUACGUCCGUCCCCACUCGACAACAACAACAACAACAACAACAACAACAACAACGAAGACGGCCAUCGAUCUUCCGUCGUUGUUACUCGACGGAGAGCAAUGCCAUCGUGGUGCCCAGUUGGUUCUCUUCUUCGUUUGGCGCACCUUCCACACCACCGGCUACCGGAUCGACGGAAUUAUUGGCCAGCAACAACAGCUCCUAUUCGCUGGCCAAUCCCGUCGGCAAUCAGGCCGAUGUGUGCGUGUCUCACGCGUUGGUCGACUGUCUUCCGCCUUAUUAUUGGGAGGCCAAACACAUGCCCCGCCUUGUCAAAGAGACGAAAAGGAAGUUGUUCCAUUCGUCCGUCUACGAGUCGGAGGCUCAACUGAAACGACUUUACGUCCAGACGUGCCAACGAUUGCCGGCCUUCAAUUGUCACCUGUUUCACGUGCGCGAGAUUAUCAGCAAUUUGCAUACCAAGAAGAAGUCGAAUCGGCUUUUGGCUCUCGGGCCGUCGUCCAUCUCGCUGCUGGAUAGCAAGACAAGGAUGCUGGCCAAAUCCCAGUCGACCAGCGAUCUCAUGCAGUGGCAAUUGGGCGGCGGUCGAUCGCACGAUCGAGUGACGUUUGAAUUUCGCGCCACUAGAUGGAACGUUGUCGUUCCGUCGCCUUCGUCAUUGCAAGAUCUCGGCGCCGCCCUUUGGGAUCUUCAACAGCAUCUCAAUCCGGCGUACACGGACGGAUCGGACGCGACGCCACACGAGAACGUCAAUCGAACGGGCUCUUCUUCCCUACCGCGCCGGAUGCUGGCCUUACCGCCGUCCUUCCCGGACGAGCUCAACAUCCUGCAAAGGCUGUUGCCCUUCCCGGAGGAGGUGGCGCUCAAAUUGACGGAGAGCUAAUUUGAACUGUUCAACAGCGGCCCGCCCAUCAACUACCUCUGUCACUACACCACAGAUCUCACCGCCCGUCACCACCAAGCCUCGAGCGCUACCCACCAAACAGCGUCGCAGGCCAACGCCCAACCGGCCGCCAAUGGAGUGCCUUCCCUCAUCCAUCGUUUCAAUGAGGUGAGUUCAUGGGUGACGCAUCUGAUCGUCUCGCCGCCCAGCCACGAUGAACGCAAAGCCGUCCUCUCCUGUCUCAUUCGGACGGCCGUCAUCUGCUGGAAUUUGGGCAACUUUCACGGAGCCACCGAGAUCGUCGUCGGGCUCAGAUCGGACAAGUUGAAACCGUUUUGGCUGUCCAUCACCGAAAAGGAGAAAUUACCUCAACUGGAUUUCUUGGCCGGCGCCCUACUGUCGAGACAAACCAGCGCAGAGUACAGACGGGCCCUGGCCCGCGCUCUUCGAACCCCAAACAGCCGCGUCGUCCCUUUUUUCGGCGUCUUCAUCCGAGACCUCAAAGCCACACUGUGUCAAAAUCCCAGCAUCAUCGUCGUCUCCUCCAACGACAAUGCCGUGCCCAUCUUGAGACACCUGUCCGAGAUCGGACGAGAGGAUCAAUUCUUAGCCUUUCAUGGAACGGGCGGACUUUUAAACGUCGAUAAAAUCAGGGCCGCUCAAAAGGUUUUGGAGAAGAUCGCUCGUUAUCAAUCGGAGAAACGGCCAAAACGGACCGAUCAAAGUUCCAGCGGUCAGUGUUCCAGCAGUGACAGUUGUUCAGACUCUGCCACGAGCGACGACGCGUCCAAACGCCACAGGCAAGGGUCGUCGGACUGGUCGGAGCGAUGCCUCCGCCAACCCAAAACUGGAACGGAUCAUCGUGUGACGUUGUUCGACUUGUGCGGCCACAACGGCCUCGACUUGAGGACGGUGAAAGUGUUGACCAACGGCACGACAGUCAUCCACUGCGAAGCCGACGGUUCCAGGGGAGUGCCCGUCUUAUUGCGCCUGGAGCGCAGUCACGGCACUCUGACGUGGAGCCGAACGGCCUGGAACGGCGGCAACGUUGUCAGCAGCAGCAGCAGCAGCAGCAGCAACAGCUCGGACAGUUCAUCUCUGUUCGCCAAUCCCGACGUGGACAUUACGGCCGGACUCAAACUGAAGUACGCCCUGGGUAAUGGCCCGUCGCCCUUAACGGCCGGUGCUGGAGGCAUGGGCGGUGCCAGCGAUGGCGAAGUUUGCGGCGGAGGCAUCGAAGAAGGUUACCUGGACGUCGCAGCUCUCAAAGAAGUGGCCCUUUCGUGCCGGGAAGGCGAUUUCAUCUCCAUCGCCCGUCGUCACGCCAUUCCGACGUUAGCCGACGGCCCUUGGUGCAUUUCGUUGGUGUACGGACGCAAUUUGAGCGACAAUCGAGUCACGGUCUUUGUGUGUCCGCCUCUCGUUGCCCGCCAUUGGGCCUCCUUUUUCCAGGUGGCACUUCAGGCCGUCCGCCGGCAACAAAAUGGCGGCGAUCGGCGGCUCUUUUGGCUCAAAGAGCAAUACCUUCAACUCUAUUACAUGAAUGGCGCGUGCAGUGGACCGAGGCAGUCGGACGUGCUCAAACUGUUUGGCGGAAGGGACGUGUUCCAGCAGCAUCUGGCCCAAUCGGCUGGACUUGGAAGUGGCAACCUGGCCACGGCUGAAAUGGCUGGCCGAGGAAGUCCAGCCUCUGCGCACAAGAAGAAACGUUCCAUCGCUGGAAUAGCUCUGGUCAAAGACAAGACGUUGCUCAGUUAUCCCAGUUCGCCCGUCUCCGGGGCGGCCAACACGAGCAACAACGACAUCUGCUUGCCGUGCAUGACCAGCCCGAAGAACCGCAGGUUGGAAUGGGCGACGUCAUCCGCCAAUGAAACGAUGGAAAGCUUUGGCUCUUCCGACAGCCUGGACAUGCUGUCCGUUGUCCAGCGGACGCAACGCGCCAACACCGUGACCGCCACGCCUAGCGGAGCAACAGGAGCAACAGAAUUUGCCAGCCAAACGUAUUUCCUGCCCGGCAGGAACGACAACACGAAACGAUUGACUUUCCCAGAGACGGUCAGUUUGUUCCAGUCGUUCAACAUCGGCAUGCGCAAAGAUCUGAUGGAUUUGUUUUGCGAAUGGUCCAUUCCGACUCCUGCCAGCAUCAACAGAACGGGCGGAUCGUCUCCAUUAAUGGGUGGGAGACAAGCAACGCCAUCUAACGGCAACGUGUUCAACGAACUGUCGAGCGCUCUGGGACGAGUGAUCACGGCCACUAAUUUAAUGCAGUUCAUGGAAACGCAGCAACACGAAUCGUGUUCAUUCGAAUCGGCCAAGGAAUUGAUUCUGCGCUUUGAGACGGACGCCGUCUUGCGAUCGAGCGGUCCGUUUCUCUCCUACGAAGGAUUCGCCGCUUUCAUGAGCGACGCGGCCAAUUUCGGUUUCCGCAGCGAGCACUUGGUGCCCAGCGAGGAGGACAUGCAGUACCCACUGGCCCAUUAUUACAUCGCCUCGUCUCACAAUACUUAUUUGACGGGCCAUCAGCUCAAAGGUGAAUCGUCCGUCGAGUUGUACAGCCAAGUGCUGUUGACGGGCUGCCGCUGCGUCGAGCUGGACUGCUGGGAUGGCGACGACGGCCAGCCGAUGAUUUACCACGGCCACACUUUGACGACGAAAAUUCCAUUCCGUUCCGUGGUGGAGGCGAUCCAUCGAUCGGCCUUUGUCACGUCUCCUUAUCCGGUCAUCCUCUCAGUGGAGAAUCACUGCUCGGUCCAGCAACAAGCCAAGAUGGCCCAAAUCUUCCAGUACGUCUUCGGUGACCGGCUGGUCUCGCGCUUCCUCUUUGAUUCCGAUUUCUCCGACGAGCCUCGUCUGCCCAGUCCGGCCCAGCUGCGUUAUCGCAUCCUCGUCAAGAACAAGAAAUGGCACGCGGAAAUUCCGCCCAUGGUCGCCACUCUUCCGUCGACAGUCAACGUCGUCAACGUCGUCAACGGCCAAACCAAAGUUGUUCCAGGACGGCCGAGGACAGUGACCGAAGCCAGGCCUUGUCCAGCUCGAGCUGGAAGCGUAGCCUCGUCAACGGUGAGUGGGGCCGGCUCGUUGAGUGGCGACGUCAGCGAUAACAACGACGACGACGAUGCGGAUCAAAUGGAUUACCCGACCCGAACGCAAAUGCUGGGCGAUCAUUUCGCAGUGGCCAGCAGUUACGGAGGAUCGUCCGAAGCGUCCGCACCUGGCACUCCUCAAUUAGCCAAUUGGAACAACACGCACACGCCGACGCAUCGGGCCAGCUCCGACACGGAGAAGAGAAGGAGACGGCCGGCUUCGGUCCCGCUGCGCAAAUCGCUUUCGCAAGGCGGAGUCCCCGAAGCCGAUCAAGUUCAUCCGUCGCGAGGGGCAGGUGCCAAUGGCGGAAGCACGUGCAGUCCCGGCAGCCUGGAAGAAGAUUUAUUGAACGACAAUGGCCAAAGCGUCGGUUCCAAAGUGAACACGAAGAAAUCGGCCAACGUCGGCGGAAGUCAAAUAGCCAAGGAGCUGUCCGAUUUAGUUAAUUAUUGCCAGGCCACGAAAUUCAGAGGUCUGCGCUGUUUGCCUUCAACGUCCGUCGGUGUCCGUCUCGCUAGCGGUCCGCUCAAGUUGGGGACGUCUCCGUCCAACUUGUCCCGCAAGUGUCGCCAUCCAGUGUUCGAAUGUUGCUCUAUUAACGAAACGACAGCCAAAAAAUUGUGCCGCAAGCAGCCGACGUCCAUUUUGUACCACACGGAAACGCAAUUGUUGAGGACGUACCCGGCCGGAAUGCGGAUCGAUUCUUCCAACUUCAAUCCGGUGCUUUUCUGGUCGUUUGGCAUUCAAAUGGUGGCGCUCAACUACCAGACGGAAGACGCGGCCCUACACCUCAACACGGCCCUUUUCGAACAGAUGGGCAAGUGCGGAUACGUCCUCAAGCCGGCCCUGAUGCGCGACCGGGCGCACGUCAUGUACCGACGCUUCAACCCCUGGGGCAAGGAAUUCGACGGCCUUCACGUCCUCCACGUCAACUUGACUCUCAUAUCCGGACAGUACGUUUGUCCGGCCAAUCCGUCGGCCGGCAGUCCGUUGCUGGACGUGGAAAUCGUCGGCAUUCCAGCCGAUUGCGUCAAACACAAGUCGAAAAUGGUCCAGCGAAACGGCAUCAAUCCCGUCUUCCAGGAUAAAUUCCGCUUUACGGUCCUCUUCCGCGAUUUGGCUUUCCUCCGGCUGACGGUGACGGACGUGGCUUCCAAUCACGUCACGGCCCAGCGUGUCAUUCCCAUCAACUAUCUGAGGCCGGGCUAUCGGCACGUCCGAUUGAACAACACGCAAAACCAGCCGCUGCCGCUCUCUUCUCUUUUCAUCCACACGAAAUUCGAGGAGGAAGGAUACGACGUCAUUCACGGAAGUGCCAAAGCGACCCUUCCAUCGUUGAACGUCCCCCUCAUCCCGGGCAACGAGCUGGACUCUGCCGCCGAUGAAGAUCGAAGUCCAACAGCGCUGACCAGUCCCAGUCAGGAGGAGAAUCCCGACGGGCCGGGAGGAGCCGUCAAACGGCGAAUGUUCUUCCUCAUCGUUUACGGCGUCCAGAAUGUGGGCGGAACGGGAGCCCAGGGUGUUGCGCCCAGCCGGAAUGAAGAAGAGCCUUAUGUGAUUCUCAAAGUGACGCAGGAUUGCACGUCCGAGACGGUCAUCCGCAAAGCAUUGAGCAAACUCCCGUCGGCGGCCAGCGCCACGCCCGUCCACCUCCAGUUGCACGACUACCUUUUGCUGGAGGAAGUCAAUCGCGGAUGGGAGCCGUCCGACAGACUUUUGCCACCUUUACAGAGGAUUUUGGAUGCCCAAGAACGGCCACUAGAAGCGCAGGCCAAAUGGCGAGGAGAAGGCCGGUUCAUCUUACGCCGCAUUGGAGAUGAUCCAAGUUCUAGGGCGUGGCUUUCGUCCAUUCUCAAUUCCAACCAGAAAAUGAAAUCUCGCAAGAUUAGUAAAGUGGCCGUCCGUCCGGAAUCGUGCAAAGUGGAAUUGAAAGAACGCAGCCGCUUGGAGGACGAAGACUCUGGUGAUGAAGAUGACAACGAUGAGGAUGAAGAUGACGAUGAUGUUGGAUUAGCCGAAGAAGAAGAAGAAGAGGAAGAAGAAACGUUUCUUGUCUGCGUUCAUAAUGUCUCACCGGAAAUUCCGUACGCCAUUCUUAAAGGCCGCGUGACCGACACGGCCAAAGACAUUCUUCUCCAGGCGCUGCUCAAGGCGAGAAAACCACACGAACUGGAACGUUACGUUCUUGUUGAAGAACGUGAUUUAGGUCCAUCUUUGGGCCGGCAUCGUCGCGUCCUUCGUGACGACGACAAUGUGCAUCAGGUUCAAGCCAGAUGGACCACCUUGGGCCGUUUCGUUGCUGUUGAACGAGGCAGGAUAAGAGCGCGCAACGGGAACGUUGACUGGAACGACAAAGUUGGUCCAACGACGCCGGAUAUGAAUAGGAAUAAAACGGGCGCCAUGCUCCGAGCGUCUCUGUUCACCAGACGAUUACAACAGAGCACGAAAAAUUCAAAACUGCAGGUGAAGGAGAUGUACAGCGAUCCUGGAUUAGGUCAGAGUGGCCGAUCUCGUGAGCGGAUUCGAUCGGAUUCGAGUUUGGCACGCGACGGAGUUCAACCGACCAGCAGCAACGUCCAUCCAAUCAAGAGUCCGUCUUCUCGCGAUACGCUCAGCAGCCUGGAACAGUUUUCUCCGCAGCGGACGGCCUACUCUGAAGGCGAAUGGAAUGCGGAUGACACGGACGCCGAUGCCGACAGCGGCGGAGGUGGAGGAGGGAACCAGGAUUGGGAGUUGCGCUCCACUGUCGCCAAAUUGAAGAAAAUGUCACUACGAACGUUCCGUCUCUGGCGAUGAAUCACCCACAAUCUUCGAUUAGAUCUCACGCCCUCCUUUGUGUAAUAACGUCGUCUGUUAUAGGAACAAUGUUCUUGUUUACAUCGAGUCCUAUUGACUUGGACCGUUUUGAUACUGUACACCAUCUUCUUUUGUUAGUCCUUUCGUUCCAGUUGCUUUUGUUUCAAAACACGUUUCUUAAUAAGUUGGUGAUUCUAGUCCAUUUGUCUGAUUGACCUCCUGUACAUAUUUUUUUCUUCGUCGAUGGACUUUGAAUAUUGCUGAUUCGUGCACAAAAAAUGUUUUUCAUGUUUGUCGUCCAUUUGCUUGAAGUUUUUCCCAUCUUAUUUUGCCAGGCGAUUUCGUGAUUACCUCAAUCAUGGAACGUGUAGAAGGAAGUGCCGUAAUUCCUUCCUUCUAGCAACCUGAGCAAACAUAUCCAAAUCAGUUAAAACUGUACAAUCCGAUAUUGUUCAUAUUUCUUCCCCUACAUUUUUGACUGGCCCAAUGAUCCCCUUUUUGUCGUCAUUUUGACAUGAAAAAAAUUGUGUUAUGUAUGCAAAAUGUAAAACUUAUUGACAAGAACGUCCAAAAUAAUAAGCUGAUUCAAAUGUCGGUUUCGUAUCUUACUAUGUAAAUCUCUCAGUGAGUUUCUAUAGUAAUAAAAUCGGUUUGCUAGCCA